GCUGUACAAUGCCAGAACGAGAGAUGUGUGACUAUUCUUCUAGAACAUGGUGCUGAUCCAAAUCUUGUGGACAUUGCUGGCAAUACUGCUCUCCACUAUGCCACCGUUGGUUCAAAUACAUCAAUAGCAGAGAAGCUGCUUUUACACCAUGCAAAUAUUGAAGCGAGAAACAAGGAUGAAUUCACACCAUUUUUACUCGCUGUAAGUAAGAACAAACAGCAAAUGGUGGAAUUUUUAAUACAAAAAGAAGCAAAUGUACAUGCAGUUGAUAAGUCGCAAAGAACAGCCCUCAUGCUUGCUGUACAUCAUGAUUCUGCAGAUCUAGUCAGGGUUCUUCUUCAGCAAGGUAUUGAUAUCUCUUCUGAAGAUGCGAAUGGAUGGACUGCAGAAGAAUAUUCUAUUUUUAGUGGUCAUAAAGUCAGUCGCCAACUAAUUGCUGAACAUAGAGAAGAAAAACUUAACAAUUAUUUGCAAAAUAAGAAUCCAGGUAAGACUUUCCAGCAUGAAUUACUUUUGGUGGUCCUCACAUAGAUGGAGACAGAGUAAGGAAGUUUUGAUAAUGA